AUGGAGGGGCAUCGGACGGAAUACUACACCAGAAAGUCGGCAUACGCAGUGCAGCUUCCACUUACGUGUGAUGCACAAGGGCCCACCCUGCAGUCACAACCCCCUGCCCGCUUCCGCCAUCAUCUCUCCCUUUGCCGCCGUGGCUCCUAUAGCCGCCGCCGCACCUCCGUUCUCCGUCGCGGCCCCAAAGCCGCCACCCCCCGCCUUCACGUCGCCGCGGCCCCUCGACGCCACCACCUGCGUUCCCUCCGCCGCGACCCUGCAGUCGCCGCCCUUCGCUCCUGCCGCCGGGACCUUCCCGUCGCCACCCUACGUUCCUACCGCCGCGACCCUGCCGUCGCCGCCCUGCGUUUCCGUCGCCGCGACCUUGCCGUCGCUGCCCUGUUUUCUCGCCGCCGCAACCUACACGGCGCCGCCCAGUGUCCCGCAGCCGCGACCCCCCGUCGCCGACCUGCGUUCCCGUCGCCGCGACCCAGCCGUCGCCGCUUUGCGUUCCCGCCGUCGCCGCCGCCUACAUUUUUCGCCGCCGCGACCACGCCGCUGCCGCCCUGCCUUCACGCCACCGCGACCCCGCCAUCGCCGCUACCGCCGCUCGCCGCCGCCUGCAUUCCCCCCGCCGCUUGCCUUCCCGCCGUCGUGACCCCUCGUCGCCACCGCCUGCCUGCAUUUCCGCUGCCGCGACCCCGCCUUACGCCGCCGCCUGCGCUUCCCCCUGCCGCUACCUCGCCGCCUGCUGCCCGCCGCCGCUGCCUUCACCGCUGCCGCCGCUCGCCGUCGUCGCUCUGCUGUCACGCCGCCGCGACACCACGACACCGCCUGCCUUCCCCCCACCGCGGCCACGACCCACCUUCGCUCUCUCCUGGCCUUGAGACCGCUGCUACCCCCGAGCUCCAAGCUUCCGCCGAAUCAGCCUUCCUCCUCCGUCGCCGCGAAUACCUGGUCCGCAAGGCCGACCAUGACGCCGCCACUUACAAUUAUGCCUUAGCAUCGGCGGGGCGUGACGCCCACCAAGCGGUCAUUGCACAGUAUGAGGCUGACAUGGCAACCCACAUCCCCAACCGCAUCGCCUGGUCCACUGCCGACAACCGCGCCUGCACCAUCCUCCUUGGCGCACUUCCUGACGCCCUCAUGCGCCGCUUCCAAGCUCGUGAGCUGCGAGCGUCUGUGAUCUGGACCGAGCUGCAGGCGAUGUUUGAGCAUCGCGACAUCAGCUCCGUCAGUAUCCUCUUUCAGGGGUACUUCUCCAUCACCCUCGCAACCUAUGAUGGCGCAGUUGACUACGUGGGGCGCAUGAAGGAGGUCGCUGAUCGCCUCCAGGCUCGUCAGGCUGGCCUCUUCGAGCCUCUGCAGAUCCACCGCCUGCUCUUCGACCUCACCCCGGACUACAAGUCCCGCCUUCACGCCUUCACUUAA